UCACCUUUGUAUGUGAUCGCUACGGGCCAGGUGAAGUAGCGUGGUUACAUUAUAUAACACCUCAGUGUACUGUUUCCGAAGAGGGACAUUUUGUUGGAGCUGUGACCUGGUGUUGUUGUUGUUUUUUUUUCAUUUCUGAGAAGACAAACCGAGUGUGUGUUUGAAAAAAAAAAAAACCUGCUGCUGCUGAUCGACGCCGCUCAAACCGCUGUGCGCUCUCUCCGUCCAACCGGAGGAUCCGUCCGGGCGCGACGGAGAAGAAUGAGGUCUUCGUCUGCUUAGCAACCCGUCCCUGUAAAAGAUGGUUCAGCGAAGGUCCUCUGUGAUUAUUCCUCCUCCUCUGGUUAUGGUUGCACACAACAAGCAGUCAGGAACGCCCUCCUUCUCCUGCCUAUGACAUGGUUUAAGUCACGUAUGAUCCGGUCACCGUGAUGGCCUCCAUGGUUGCCAAUGGAAACCGAGACGGGCAGUCUCUGGUCUUGAAAGGGGUGGAUCCAGAGACCUGCAUGAUUGUUUUCAAGAACCACUGGGCUCAGGUGGUGAAGAUCCUUGAAAAGCAUGAUCCUCUGCGUAGCAGUUCCACCCUUCCCUCCCUGAGUGUCAUCAACCUCAGCACUGGCUCUAGCGGUGGCCCUCGUUUUGGCCCCAUCCCCGGAGAUGAGGCGAGUGCAGUGCAGAACUACGUGGAACACAUGCUGUUCCUGCUGAUGGAGGAGGAGAGCGGUCAGGCCGGCGCUAUGGGCCCCAUCCUGGAGUUUGUGGUGAUGGAGAACGUGAUGGAACGACUCUUUGUGUGGAGCCUCCGCAGGGAGUUCACAGACGACAUGAAGCUGGAGCAGCUGAAGAUGUACGAGAUGCUGGUGGGGCAGGCGCACCAGCCGCUGCUGCAUCACAAACCCAUCCUGAGGCCGCUCAUGAUGCUGCUGUCGUCCUGCUCGGGCACGGCAGCGCCCGCUGUUGAAGCUGAGCUGGUGCUGCUGCUCAACCAGCUGUGCUGCGUUCUGGCAAAGGACCCUUCAAUUCUGGAGCUGUUUUUCCACACCAGCGAGGAUCAGGGAGCCACCAACUUCCUCAUCUUCUCCCUCCUCAUCCCAUUCAUACACAGGGAGGGCACAGUGGGCCAGCAGGCCAGAGAUGCUCUGCUGCUCAUUAUGUCGUUGUCUGCUGAGAACGAGCGAGUGGCCAAACAUGUCGCAGAGAACACCUACUUCUGCCCGGUGCUGGCCACAGGGCUGAGCGGCCUGUACUCAUCUCUCCCCACCAAGCUGGAGGUUCCCAAUGAGGAGUGGCACUGCCUCCACAGAGAGGACUGGCUCCAGUUGCCGUCCCUCGUCCAGUUUCUCAAUUCACUGGAAUUCUGCAACGCAGUUAUUCAGGUGGCCCACCCUGAUAUCAGAGACCAGCUGGUUAGUUACAUCUACAACGGAUUCCUCGUGCCUGUCCUAGCACCAGCUCUUCACAAGCUGACCCUAGAGGAGGUGAUGACCACCACAGCAUACCUUGACCUCUUCCUGAGAAGUGUUUCUGAGCCGGCCCUGCUGCAGACGUUCCUCUCCUUCAUCCUCCUCCACCGCCACGAGAGUGUCCACAUCUUAGACACUCUGGUCAGCCGCAUCAACACCCCCUUUCAGCUGGGCACUGUGUCGCUGGCACUCUUCCGCACUCUCAUUGGCUUAUACUGUGAAGAUGUGAUGCUGCAGCUCAUACUGAGGUACCUGAUCCCCUGUAAUCACAUGAUGUUGAGUCAGAGACGUGUGGUGAGGGAGAGGGACUGCUACUCGGUGUCAGCGGCCAAGAUCCUGGCAUUAACACCGUCCUGCUGCUCCCCUGAUCACAGCCCCCCGCCCCUCCGACAGCUAGACUCCAUCCUCUUUUCUAAGGGUGCAGAGACUGCCAAUAACACCGACACCACAGGGGAAAAAGAGAGCUUCCCAGAAGAGGCUGAUGAUAACUCCUGCACCAUUGGGUCAGAAAUCUACCUUGACGUCAGUUACCUUCAUUACCUCGGUGAUGCCCACCUCAGCAUCAGGAGCUGCAUGCAGGCCUGCCGGGUUUGGUCAGCCCCAUAUGACGGCGAGGAACCCCCUCCUGAGAAAUACCAGCCCGGCGUCCUUGAGGAGGCCGGGCUCAAGAGUCGACAAACCCAGAUAGUACUCAAGAGAGUUCCCCAGCCGCUGGCGCCACGCCCACGACCGUGCCCGCCGCCGAACACACAGCCGAACACACAGCCGAACACACAGCCGCCCUCUGUCAACCAGCUGGAGCUGGAGUGGGAUGAUAGUUAUGAUGCGUGCCCGGUGCAGACUGCAGAGAUUCUAGUGGAGAGUAAACCUCCUCACCUGCCUCCUGCUGAGCCCCCACAGCACAUCCAGGAGAUGAGAAAAACAGCCAUCAUGCUGGUUAAAGGCUCAUACAUUGAGGAAAAUGAGUUCCAGGAUGAUGUCAUGGUGUAUGAUCUUGUCGCCAAGAAAGACACUCGUGAUGCCGAGCGCGGUAAGCACAAACCCAACAGGUCAGAAUCAGAAGAAGCCCAAGCAGGCUCAGCAGAAGUUCCCCCCUUAAAAAAUGGACUAAGUAUAACACUUCCAUCUGCUGUGAUGGCGGAUAACGGCAAUAAUAGCGUGGACACAAAAGCAAAAGUCCAAACAGAUUGUAAUUCAAACCUCCAAAACACGACUGCUGCUCCUGAGUUGGGUGACGACCUUUUAGCUCAGUAUGAGGAGCUCAUUCGUACGUUGGACACACAAGCAGAUGGAAAACCGGUUAAAGCUGAUGCAGAACUGAAGAAGCCUGUCGCACCUGUGGUGGAGGAGGGUGAAGAGGAGGAGAUAGAUUUCACCGCCUUCUCCGCUGAAACACCAGAGCCAGAGAAACUGCAAUCACCGUUCGGGACCAAGUUUCGUAGCGGAAGUACAAGUAGAAUCCCAUCAGUGCCUUUUACAGGUCCAUUUGUCAGUGUGCUGCUGUCUCGACUGGAGAACAUGCUCUCUAACUCACUUUAUGUCAACCUGUUGUUGACGGGCAUCCUGGCUCAGCUGGCGGCCUACCCUCAGCCUCUCCUGCGCUCUUUCCUCCUUAACACCAACUUGGUCUUUCAGCCGACUGUUCGCUCCCUGUACCAGGUACUAGCCACCGUGAAGAACCAGAUAGAAGAGCUGGCCGCCACCAGAAAGGACUUUCCAGAGAUGAUCACUACCGCCCAGCAUUGGCUGCUGGCCAGAGAGACGUCGUUCAUGGCAGCAGACAAAAACAGCAGCAGUGCCUCCACCCACAGCGAGGCGGGGAGGAUGUUGAAGAAUUCUCCACCACCAAAACCCAAAGCCAUCUCUUUGGAUCGGACAGAAGUCUUUGCUACCGUCCUUUUCACAGAGUUCCUCAAAGAACUGGCUGCAAUUGCACAAGAGCACUCCAUCUUAUCUUACAUUCCUAUGGAAGAGUAACAGUGUCCCAGUACGCCUCUGUGAUGAGUCCAACUGAACUCUGACAGAUUUUAAAAAAAGACUCUUUUAUGGUGGUUUUCUAGUUUUUUUUGUUGUUGUUUUUUUCAGGCACUACUUGAUAAAGAAACCUCUUAGAUUCAGUGAUUUAUACAACUAUUUUAAAAAAUGGUAGAGUAUUUAUUUUCUGUGCAAAGAUAAUCACUUUCAUGUGCUUAUGAAUUUCAUCUUUCUAGUUGUGUAAAGUGUUGAGCAGCUGAGGAGGAGGUCCAAACUUUGAGCUGGAAAAUCUUGACCUGUUUUGGAGAAGCCUGCACCAGCUGAUAAUGUUGAUAAAGGUGAGCUCCAGGUCCACCAACCAAAGACUGUAGAGAGAGGAUCUUCACAAAAACCAGCAUCUUUUUUUUUUUCCAAUCAAUCAUCAGCCCUUCUCUGAACUGCCCUUGUUCUGUCUUCUACAAUCACAGUCGUACGUCUGCUGCUCAGUCUGGUUCUGUCACUUAGGUAGCCUCUCUGGAGCGUUGCUGCCUCUCUGCCAUAGGAUUACACACCUCUGAAUUAGCAGCAUGACGAUGUUAAUUUGAUUGUCUCUGUUGUAGCCAACUGGCGCCAUCACAGAAACGCAUCCUAACUUUGUUCUCUGUUACACGACUUCAUCUUUUAGUAAAACAGGAUGGUCACUUUUGUCUGUGGUGGUGUUUCCACAGUCGUUGCGUGUUAGACGUACAUUUGUUUUGGUGUUUUGUUUUUUUUUCCAGUUGAUUCAUCAUGAUGGUACCUCAGGAGUCUUUUAAUGCACCUUCGGUUCUCUCAGUUCUUAAAAAGCCUUUGGGUGAAGCGGCUUACCCAUGAUGCACUAGUCUCUCACAUUAAUGGGCUCCACCUUCUCCACACCACAGCACCAAAAUCGAGAUUGUUCUUGCGAUAUUUAAUUUGCCUUACUUUAGCGAUGCUUUAUAAUGUAUAUAUUGUAAGAAAACACUAUGCAAAUCAAGGAUAUUGUAGGCAUAAUUAAGUUUGGGAUAUUUUCAAAAUGGGAUGGGGUAUUUAAGAUUUUUGAAAGUUUCUAUUGCCAUAUUUUUUUUCAACAAGGCUUCUUAGUUAUGGUUUGUAAUCACUUUCUUCUAUAUAGGGAUUGUGGAGGGUGUUUCUAGCUGUGAUGAGUCUGAUAUAUCACUGUUGGGAGAGUCUUAGUUUUGCAUCUGUUGAAAACCAUCUCAGACCAGAACGGUUACCGAGGGGAACCUCUUGCAAAUUGCCUUUAAGUCCACGUAGUUAUUAAAAUGGGACAAAUACAAGAGAUAUAUUUUGUUACAAAGCCUGCCUCUAUUAAAUGAUUGAUCAUUGAUGAUUAAAUCUUUUAUUGACAGAAAUGGUUUUUAAUUAGUGCCUAAAUUAUGAUUUUAGUUCACAUGAUGGCCUGAUUUCAAAUGGAUUUACAGAGGACUAAUGCAAUAUUUUAUAGUGAAAUGUUUUUACUUGAAGCUGUCUAUUGACAAAGUGUAAAUGAAAGGCCUUAGGGACUGAAGAUGUGCACCAUACAGUCUAUUGUUUUGAUAUUUGUUUUUGACUGAGAAAACUCAGUUUCUAGAAGCAAAAGAAAUGAAUCACCAUCCCUGUCCAUCCACAACUCAAUGUAACAAUGCAGAUAAUAUAAUGUGGACAUUUAAAAAAUUUAAAUUUAAAUGAUCAAUUUCUUAAGAGAAUUUGUUGCAUGUCCUUUAGUAAAUGCUAUAAUCUAGAUAGAAAAAUAUGACACAGAUGAAUAUUGAAAAUUGAUUAUUCAGAAUUCAUUCUCGUAAUAUUCUUUCAGAUUCAGACCCAGAGAUUAUUGAUUGCUUUGAAUAGAUUUAACAAAAUGUAACACAAACAAAUAGCAGAAAAAAGUAUCAGUAGUUUUGUGAUUUACACUGAUUUGAUCAAUGUCACCAUCUCAUGAAUUCAUCUUAUUUGAUCAAGAAUUAUGUUAAAGUUUAGUUUUAAAUCUGAAUUGUGUCGUUUUGUUCCUAUUUAAACUUAUUCAGUUUCCUCUUGAUGCUAUGCAGGCAGUGAAUUAUGCAGUAGGAUCUUUCUAUGAUAACUGUUUGUUUUUUUGUUUUUUUACUAAAAUGGCUUGAAAGCGUAUAUUUCUACCAGUCAAAGCCAUUUUCAGAACUGUUGAACAAGUCUUUCUCUGUGGUAAAUGAAUGUUGCAGAGCACUUUAUCAGCCUUUGAGUAUGGUGUCAGUCUGCACCGCUGACACCUGCCCUUCAACCAGCACAGGUUCAGUCUGUGUAACACACUCAGCACAGGAUAACAAUCACUGUUUUAGCAGCAUUGUCGCAUGAAAGCGGGUAUUAUAGCUAAGGUUAUAGACCAGUUUCUGUCUCUGUAGGUUCCAAAGAUUAAUCCUCAUUGAUACUGUUUGGCCUCAGUUUUGUGUCAGCGGUUACGCUCGGGUUGCUGUUUGUUGCUGAUGUCUGACAUGCAAAGGCAUGCCUCUUUCAAUAAAGACAACUUCUGGUAAAUGAAA